AUCACACCCACUUGAUAGCUACAGCAGUAAUGCCAACCAUGGUUUAGCAUGGACUGCUGUUUUUGUCCUGAAAACGAAGUUGAUUGUGGACGGUGUAUACAAUUAAUACAUCUGACUUGUAGACAGCCUUCUCGUAAGGUCUGCUAUGGAGAAAACGGAGACAGAGAACGGGGGUCUUUGAACACUGUGCGUCAGGAGAAUUUUUUUUGUUUUUUCCCAACUCUUAUUCAUUGGCAUGCGUCCGACUGCAAGAUAUUAGCGUGAUUAGCAAAGGCAGCGUUUCUUUGCAUGCUGUGCUUAGGUAAUGAAAGUAGAACCUAGAGCAUCUUUAGAAUAUGCUGUAACUGCUGUUUCAUUGUGUGAAACUGGUAGCCAUUUUUCUGUCUAUCUGCCUAGUUUAGGAAAUCACGUACCCGUAGAUUGCUCGUGGAUGACUUUCACGAUUGAAACUAGAGUCGAAAUUUUCUCAAUUGAGAAUUUCCGGUCUUGUGCAAAUCUGUUUGACACCCUGCUAAGUUUCACGAGCUGAAUUGAAAAGCUCACGUUUAAUUACAAUGCUCAUGAAGGAGAAAACGUUUAGGUGUACAGCAUGCAAGUUGCUGGUCUCGCAAAGUAUGCUCAUUAUCACAUUUCUCAUUAGAGUUGUGGUAAGUUGUGGACUCCGGAGCUUGACGAAUUGCUGCAAUAUGUCGAGGUAUAAUAUGAACGGAUUCCCUCAAGGAUUAAUUUGUCAAGGAUUGUUGAAUUUAGCUUAUAUUAGUUUUUUGGAGUGUAAAGGAUACAUGAUAGUAUUAUAAUAUAAAUCGAUAAGAAUUUCUGCGAGGUCGUCUCCAUCGUCCUGAAUUUGGAAUGCGUCUCUUACAUUCCUGUCACAACUUGGAUGUUUCAUCUGAAUACAUGUUUGGAAGAAAUAGGUCUUUACAGAUGAAGCAGGUGUGCUGUACCAGGAAGUCAUGAUACUUUGAGCAAGCUGGUUUGUACCUUCGAACUUCGCUUGUUUCUUUCGGUUCUAAUAUCUCAAGUAUCGUAGCUUCAGAAAGGUCCUUCCACGUCAGACACUCAGCCUGCACAAACAGUCCAUGAGAUAUGAUCUUUUGUUAAGCACGUCAUCAUGUUUGUCACAUUCAAUGAAGCUUCUUUUUCAUAACUAGUAGAUUCAGUUUCCAAUAAUACUAAGGUUCAAUGUAUCCAGUUAGACAAAUUUUUAACUUGUAAUCAGUCUCUGAUAGGAUUAUUCUCAAAUGCAUUUCUUCCACUCGUACCUUCACAGACACAGAAAGUUGCUUAGAAUUUGUGAAAGUUAACCUAUUGUCACAGUUUGUGUUGAAAAAGAAACCCGACUUGGUUAGAACUUGCAGCAAUAAAAAACAAGGUGUUACGUACCAUGGUUGCCUUUUCGUCGAAAGCGCCGAACUUUGAACCGGAGAAUAAAUGGGGAAAUUCACUGCAUGGUAGGAUGGGUCAUGCAGUCGCCAUAUCUUCUGCCUCCGUGUGGUUGGACUACAGGGACAAACCUUAUGACCUAAAUGCACAGAACAGUAAGUAACCACUGAUGUGAACUCGCGGGUGCUUAGUGCACAUCUUAAUGUUUACACUUGGAGGGACGUUUAUGUCUUGUUAUUCCAUCUUUCCGUUUCGAGGCCCUUGUCCAAGCCCCAGUUUGUGAUAAGUUUGUAGGGCGUGGAUAUUAACGAUGGACAUGCGGUGGAUGAACACAGAAGUUUACUGUACAUUGCUUCAUGAUUAGGGUUUGAGGGUAAUGACGAUGAUUCACAUUCUUAUUUUAGGCGUUUCGAGGUUUUCUGAACUGUUUGACGUUGACGAUUGCGCUCUCAUCAGUUCAGAAUAGUAACGUGAAUAGGACUUUGGUAUCGUCUUCGACCUGAGUCCCGAAUACAACUGGAGGUAGCUGCUGUUCACAGAAAGGUGAAGCAUGUAGCGGGUUUCAGUAACUGUCGUGUGGUUAUUGGUAAGAUCAGGAGCAAAUGAUAGUUUGAAAUUUUGAGAAGCGAAUGAAAUCGAUUUUGCUGCUGGAUGGUGGCUCAAUCAUGCACUAAAAGGAUUUGGGAGAGGUUGAUGAAAAUAACUCAUGGCAGACUUGAGUUCUUCGCGAAGUGUUUAUCGAUCGUUUAAGCAGAUUUUGCAUGACAGACUUCUGAAAGAUAUGCUGCACACCGUUAGAACAACUAAACAGUCGACAGUGUGGAAGGUGCUGGUGAUGGACGAAAUAACUGUGAAGGUGAUGUCGUCUUCGUGCAAAAUGACAGAGAUUACAGAGGAGGGCAUCUCCUUGGUAGAAAAUAUAGGAAAAAGCAGGCAACCGUUACCGGCUCUUGAUGCAGUGUACUUUAUACAGCCGUCUCAAAACAAUGUGGAGUCUCUCAUUGGGGAUAUGUCUGGAAAAGCACCGAGAUAUAAAAGGGCAUUCGUGUUUUUCAGUUCGCCUGUUCCUCGUAAUUUGCUCAAUACCAUAAAAAGUGAAGCAUCGGUUCUGGCUAGGGUUGCAGUUCUUCGAGAGGUGAACGUGGAGUUUCUGACAAUCGACACGCAGGGAUUUACAACAGAUCAUGACAAAGCUCUGGAACAUCUAUUUGGAGAUCAUGGCGCGGAUUCACGCGAUUAUGAACUCUGUGUUGAAAGUAUGGCUAUACGUCUCUCAACAGUUUUUGCUUCUCUGAAGGAGUUUCCACAUGUGCGUUACCGUGCACCUAAUCCACAUGCGGGAGGUUCCGACAGUAAGGUCACAGCUCGUGAUUUUGUACCUACCAGGCUUGCUGCUGCAUUGUGGGAUUGUCUCAUGAAGUUCAAGGCUACCUUAAGUGACUUUCCUAUUGCGGAGACCUGUGAGCUUGUUAUUGUUGACCGAAGAAUUGACCCUGUCGCACCGAUUAUGCACGAGUGGACCUAUGAUGCUAUGUGCAACGAUCUUCUGGAUAUUGAUGGCAGCAAAUAUACGUAUGAGGUUACCACAAGCUCUGGCAAGAAAGAGCGUAAAGAAGUCCUUCUUGCAGACAAUGAUCCUAUCUGGAUGGAAAUACGAGAUCUCCACAUUGCUGAUGCAAGUUUACAACUGACAGAAAAAAUGCAAGAAUUCGGUAAAAAAAACGAAGCAGCCCAACUUCGUUUGAACAACAAAGAAGGACAAGAAAUAUCCACUAAAGAAAUGCAGAAACUUGUUCAAGCUUUACCUCAGUUUCAAGAUCAAAUCGACAAGCUUAGCUUGCACAUUCAUAAACGUGCACAGAUAGCAACAACAAUAAAUGACCAGAUAAAGAAGGAUGGCUUGAAUGACAUCGGAAAACUGGAGCAGGACUUAGUGUAUGGAGAGGCAACAAGCAAGGAUAUUCUUAGCAUGAUCGAUUCCAAGCAGGGGAUGUCCCAAGAUAAUAAAUUGAGGCUUUUACUGAUUUAUGCCGCAACACAUCCUGACAAGUUGGACACAGCCAAACGCCUCCAAUGGACGAAGUUAGCAAAACUGAGCGGCGAAGAUAUGAAUACUAUCACAAAUUUAGAAUGUCUUGGAGUGUCUCUAUCUAAGAAGCAGCCAGAAGGUUUUUCACUUCAAUUUCGACCGCGCAAGGUGAGCAUCCGACCAACUAGGAAGGAGAAGAAUCAAGAUGAGAUGGGGUGGCAAUUGUCACGCUUCUACCCACUCAUAGAGGAUGUAGUUGCAGAACUGGGGAAAAAUGGACUACCCAAGGAGCAAUACCCUUAUGUUAAAUUGCCUGUAUCUCUUGUAGGAGAAGCUUCGGUUACUGGCCAACCUGCAUCAGCUGUUCCACUUAAAAAGCCGCAUUCUGUUCGCACAAUUCGAUACAACUGGGCAGCUGCGGGAAAAAUAUCUGUUGGAUCUGCAUCCAGUGACUCCGGUAGUUCAACGAAUGAACCGACCAUAACUGGAACGCGGAUUUUUGUAUUUAUCGUGGGUGGAAUGACACGAUCUGAGCUUCGAACAAUGCGUAAGCUGACAGCACAACUUAAACGAGAGGUGAUUAUUGGGUCGACAAGCUUGGAUAACCCUCAGCAAUUUCUUCAAAAACUGAGGUCCCUGACUACAAUUGAUGACAUCGAUUAAGUACUCGCAUAUCAAAGUUCUACCAAACCUAGAGCCACCAAAUUCAUGUUUGAGGCUCAGCGACACUCUGAUAAUUCUUAUGAUAAUAAUAAGGGAUUUUAUAUGUAGAAGCCCAUUUUGAAAGAUAUUCUGAAAGGUAAUUUUAUAAAAUUCUUACUAAGUUUUUAUUGCUUGGUGAAGAAUUAUUUAUUUAUUUUAAAAGUCUUGAUUUUUGGAGAUUGUACAAAGUAAGAAAAAGUCCCGAAUUAGAUCAAAUUA